AUGAAAGUGGUUAUAAUCGGAGGUGGAAUAAUUGGUUUAACUACAGCUUUACAAUUAAAACAUGAAUUACGUAAUGCUGAAAUUACUAUUUUUGCUUCCGAUUUUAAUAAUACUGUUAGUCAUGUGGCAGCUGGAAUAUUUAGAAUUGGUUCAUCAUAUUUUGGACCAACUGAAGAAAUAACAAGAUGUUGGAUACGAGAUUCGUAUGAAUAUUACGAUAAUAUUCGGAAGUCUUAUGAAGCUUCCUUUGCUGGUAUAACAGCUAUAUCCGGUUAUUUAUUUGCAAAUUCUUCGCCAGAAACUGUUAAGAAUCAUUGGAUCGAAGAUUUAGUACCAAUAUAUAGAAAAGCUACAGACGAAGAAUUUGAAUUAGUGGAAGGUAAUUGGAAAUAUGGCUCAUUUUUUAGAACUCUUCUCACAGAGUGUAAAUUGCAUCUGCCAUGGGCACGUAAUAAAUUAGAAAUAAGUGGAAUUAAAUUGAUAGAAAAAAAAUUGAAUUCUCUAACAGAACUUGUAUCCGAUUGGGAUUUAAUUAUGAAUUGUACAGGUCUCGAAGCACGAUCUUUAUGCAAUGAUAAACGUCUCGUUUCUAUACGUGGUCAAAUACUUAAAGUAAAUGCGCCAUGGUUGAAAACAUUUUUUUAUGGCGAAUUGGACACUUAUAUUAUACCAGGUUUUAAUGGUAUAGUUACUCUAGGUGGUUCGAGAAGCUUUGAUUCUGAAAAUUUAAAACCUUGUCUGUAUGAAUCUACAGCAAUUCAUAAUAGAUGUAAAAACUUCCUACCAAAUAUUAAAAAAGCAGAAAUUGUAAAAGUAGAAGUUGGCUUAAGACCACAUAGAGAAAACAAUGUCAGAGUGGAAGGGGAACAAAUCGUAAAAGGAUUUUCCAAAGCUAUUCUAGUGCAUAAUUAUGGACAUGGAGGUUACGGAGUGUGCACUGCGCCUGGAACUGCUAAAUAUGCCAUUAAAUUGGCAAAAGAAAUGCAUAAAUCAUCUAUUUCAAAAUUAUAAAUAAUGAAUAUUAUUUUGGUGUAAUGAUGAUAAACUUUAGCCAUAUUUGUGAUUAUUCUAUAGUAAUUUCUUUCUCAUUAAUAAUUAAUUUAUUAUUAAUGAAUAUAUAUAAUAAAAUUAUUAAUACAGAUUAA